AUGGAACAUAGACGAGGCUAUGAAGACGAGCUCGACUCACAUCGACGCGAGGCUGGCACAGCGUUUAGAUCUAUUGCAGAACUCAUGCUCAAGAAUGGCUCAGGUUUGUUGAAGUUUGUCUUCUUGUAGUAACAAUGCGCCAUUAAGAGAAGAUUCUUACUAGACCUCUAAGAAGAACACAUAAGUACAAAUAAAACUAUCCAGUGCAAAUAAAUUUAGUUUAGUUUAGGUUUCCUCCUGUAGUAACACUGGAUCAAUAGGAGAUGAUCCUUACUGGACCUCUAGGAAGAACAGUUUAGAACUGAUAGACCUAUCCAGUAUAAAUGAAGUUAGUUUAGUUUAGGUUUCCUCCUGUAGUAACACUGGAUCAAUAGGCGAUGAUCCUUACUGGACCUCUAGGAAGAACAGUUUAGAACUGAUAGAGCUAUCCAGUAUAAAUAAAGUUAGUUUAGUUUAGGUUUCCUCCUGUAGUAACACUGGACCAAUAAGAGAUGAUCCUUACUGGACCUCUAGGGAGAACAGUUUAUAAGUGAUAGAGCUAUCCAGUAUAAAUAAAGUUAGGAGGAAACCUAAACUAAACUAACUUUAUUUAUUUUCCACUGGACGACCAAGAUCAACCUCGUUCCCAGGCUCUUCCCUCUUUAGCGUGGAAAGAGCCUGGGUACGAGGUUGUACCAAGAUAAGGCGGAAAUGAAGUUACUAUAGUCUACUUUGGGUUUCCUCCUGCUGUACCACGGACUGCAAUAAGGGGUGGGUCUUACUGGACCGAUAGGGAGAUCAUAUCAGAGUGGUUGUUCAACAAAUAUAAUCCCAUUACGUACUGUAUAGGUAAAAAUAAAGCAGCAAACGAACCAAUUUACGCCGCCUUGGGUAAAGAUCUUGAUGAAACCGUACCAACAAUGUCGGACAGAACGUUGACCCGUAAUCGGGCAUUGCUACAUUACAUUGCAACCUUGGCUGUGUCUAACAGUGAAACAGAUCAAUUCAAUUAUGAGUUUGUACAAUCCUUGCUUGAUGGAGGCGCGAAUAUCAACGAAGCUGUUGAUACUUAUGGUCAAACAAUUUUUCACGAGGUGGCCAGAAAUUGGAACCUGGAUGUCGCGGCUUUUCUUCUUAAAAAUGGUAUGUAGAUUUUUUUGAACUGUCUUUGCCAGUGUAGGUACAGUAGUGCCAAUCAAAUGAACAAACUUUCGAUGAAAGGAAUGCAACUAUAUAAGCCACAAGGAGAAUUUUCUCAAAAACGCCCUUUUCAAAUGGGAAAACGCCCUUUUCAAUUGGAAAACGCCCUUUUCAAUUGGCAGAACUCCCUUUUCAAAUGGCAAAAUGCCCUUUUCAAUUGGCAGAACUCCCUUUUCAAAUGGCAAAAUGCCCUUUUCAAAUGGCAGAACUCCCUUUUCAAAUGGCAAAACGCCCAUUUCAAGUGGCAAAACGCCCAUUUCAAAUGGCCAAACGCCCUUUUCAAAUGGCAAAAUGCCCUUUUCAAAUGGCAGAACUCCCUUUUCAAAUGGCAAAACGCCCUUUUCAAUUGGCAGAACUCCCUUUUCAAAUGGCAAAAUGCCCUUUUCAAAUGUCAGAACUCCCUUUUCAAAUGGCAAAAUGCCCUUUUCAAUUGGCAGAACUCCCUUUUCAAAUGGCAAAAUGCCCUUUUCAAAUGGCAGAACUCCCUUUUCAAAUGGCAAAACGCCCAUUUCAAGUGGCAAAACGCCCAUUUCAAAUGGCCAAACGCCCUUUUCAAAUGGCAGAACUCUCUUUUCAAAUGGCAAAACGCCCUUUUCAAUUGGCAGAACUCCCUUUUCAAAUGGCAAAAUGCCCUUUUCAAAUGGCAGAACUCCCUUUUCAAAUGGCAAAACGCCCAUUUCAAAUGACAAAACGCCUUUUUCAAAUGCUAGAACUCCGUUUUCAAAUGCCAAAACGCCCUUUUCAAAUGGAAAAACGCCCUUUUCAAAUGGCAAAACGCCCUUUUCAAAUGCCAGAACUCCGUUUUCAAAUGCCAAAACUUCCUUUUCAAAUGCCAGAACUCCGUUUUCAAAUGCCAAAAUUUGAAAACUUUCAAUAAAUAGUAAAAUUUGUUAACUUUCGCGUCUUCUCGAAUAAGAACGUUAAAUAGGUAGGUAUCUCGGAUCCCCUAUUAAUUGGCCAAUAGCCUGUCGGGGAUCCGCUGACCAAUGAGUGAGAAACUCAAUAAAACUCAAUAAACUCAAACUUUAGGGGCGGAUAUUAACCAACAAGACAAAUAUGGACGUUCCCCGCUACACGUGUGCGCAGCCGCAGAUCACGCUGACAUGGUGGAAUUUCUUCUUCAACGAGGUGCCGACAUCGACUCUCGAUCUACCGGUGAUGGACAGACACCCUUGCACUUUGCAGCCAAGAACGACGCGACGGCUUCAUUAAAGGCAUUGCUAGGGUUUGGAGCUAAUAUUGAUUCGUUAGACAGCAGAGGACGACCUCCCGUACAGGUAAUGAACUUAUGCUUAGAACUGAAACCUAGACUGAAGUAACUGGAUAGCUCUAUUACUGUUCUCCCUAAAGGUCCAGUGAGAACUAUCCUUAUCAAUGCAGCAGGGCACUUCUUGAUUUCAGCCCUGGCCAAUAACCAUUCACUAUAGCACAAGGCGCUUCUCUACCUCCUCUAACAUUUCUCUAUCUAUAUUUCAGGUCGCUGCUGAGCUGUCCCGUGCGGAAACUGCGAGAAUUUUGAUUGACGAAGGAGCCUCAAGCUGUCUAUACGAUGCCAACGGUAACUCUGCAAUGACAGUGCUUACAGAGAAGUUGCCCAACCUUGCUGUAGAGGCAUUAGAUCAACUGCACGUGUCAGACACCAUCACAAGACGGGAGCUUUUCUACCUUAAUUUACUAGAAGAAUCUCGUUUGAGAAAGGAAACUAGAAAAGCGAGGACGCCGCUAGAAACUGCUGUCAUUGGACGACAAUUUGAUGUGCUGAUGCAUCCAGUGAUGCAGCGACUGGUCGCGAUAAAAUGGGAUCAAUAUGGAAAAUUUGGGACAAUUUUGGAUCUUGGGGUAAACCUGGUGUAUGCAAUAAUGUUUACUGUCUUUGCGGUGGAAACCCCUGCCGUUGGUGAAGAUUUGUAUUUACCAUUGAGUGACAAAGGAUGGCGAUUAUUUUUUGGUAUCGUUUUGAUACUUAUCACGACGUACAUGAUGUAUUUGCAAGUUAGAAGUGAGUUGUUGUGUUGUGUUGUGUUGUGUUGUGUUGUGUUGUGUUGUGUUGUGUUGUGUUGUUUUACUAUGCACCCUCAUUGUUGAGAUAGCUAGCCAUAGCAACAGGUCAUGCUGUGCACGUUUUUAAUGAUUUGCAUUAUUCAACCUUUAGAAAUGACCAGUUGCCAUGGUUAGCUUCGCCACAGUGAGAUAUACAUGUAUGGUACACCUAUGCUAGUAUUAUUGGGGAGCGGUUGUCCCGCCUUCGCCUCCCCUAGUGUACCCAGGCUUCCUCCAGAUAAUCCAGUUUCCUUCUGUAUUAAUUAAUACUGCUCCUAAAAGGGAUGGUACUUACUAGACCCUUACGCUGAACAUUCCACUUCUCACGUCUGAUUGUUUCUUUUCUACAGCUACAAUAAAAGCACAGAAGAAGCAAAAAUCGUGGAUAAAAUGUCGGAUACAGCAGCUGAACGAUGACUUGCAGUAUUGUCACCCGAGGUGGCAGGAAGAGAAAUACGUGCAGGAGGAAAUGAGAUUGAUCAAAGGAGUGCCUUUACUCUCAACUAUUGACUCGUGGUUUAUUUUUGAUUGGCUAAUUAUCCUCCUUAUCUUCGUCGCAAUCGGCUUGAACUUAGCUUUCUUCUUGGACGGCUCGGAUUCGGUUAAAUCAGGGUACAUUCGUGUACUAAGCGUCCUGGUUAUAUUCGUCUGGUUACGAAUCCUGAAGUACCUUCGGCCUUUCCCGGGGAUUGGAACCUUAGUCCUCAUCCUGGGGGCAACCGGGGGAGAUUUUGUGAACUGGGGUUUCUUCUAUUUGCUGUUGUUUAUCCCAUUCACUUGUUCUUUCUGGAUAAUAUUCGGCGGGAAAGCAUUGACGCAGGUACCAAGUUAUGCAUCAACGCAACGUCUUAUUUACACCACCCUGCAAAUGUCCUUAGGAGAAGAUUUCGAUAUUGACGGUAAGAUUUGUCGUGCGUGGUCAACACGCGUGUGGCACGCGGUUAAUUGCGUGUUGCGCGUGGUCAAUACGCGUGUGGCACGCGGUUAACUGUGUGCCGUGCACUAUGGCCGUGCAUAGUCAAUGCUAUUCAUGGUUUUCAUUGGAAGCAUGUUGUGAGGACACUGCAUCUAGUGGUGUCGUAGUAAGGUUCAUUGCUAUGAUACAGUGAUGCUGAUUGGAGGUUCACUUCAGGUUGGGCUGAUGUUCUCUUGAGGUUAACCGCUAGAAACUGCAAAAGUUUUUCCCAGUUUCACAGAAAUUUAACUUCGGAUUCUGUAAAUGCAAAUCUAAAAAAUGUAUAUUAAAUUUAUACUCUAAAAUUCCCUGUACAAAACUCUUCAAUAUUUAGUUGUAUCAAGAUACUCAAAAACCUGAUAUCUAUUUUAUAUAUGUGUUUAUAAUAAUUCCUUUAGGUCUAGUUGCUGCGGAUUCAGUAAUGGCUCGACUCCUGAGCGCUCUCUAUAUCACUGUCAUGGUAAUUGUCUGUCUCAACAUCCUCAUUGCUUACCUCUCAAACACAUUCACCUCAGUCUAUUCAAAUGCAGUCGAAAACACGAGCAUGCAGCGAGCGAUUAACGUCCUCAACAUCGAGAAGUUUCUCACGAAAAAGCGAAAGGAAAUCUACUUUCGUUACGUCCGUGAACACGCGAGUCCUGAGUUCGUUUCCGCGUUCGCGACCGAGACGUCUGCAGACGCACGGCAGGUCAUGAAAAACGCUGAACAGGUGCAGAAAGAUUUUAAGAAAAGCCAUGAGAUUUUGACGCAGAGGUUUAGCCGUCGUGUUGGCAAAGGGAAGAUUAGCGCCUUUGAUGUUUUGUUGAAAGAUGUUGAAAAAUUGAAGCGCCUUCAAGACAACACGGUAUGGUUUUGAGCACAUUAUUUGAUACCACUAAAGCUUGCAAAAUCUGUUUACGUCGCUUACCUAAGUGUUUUAUCGAACUUAAAGUGCCCUAAACUCAGUAAUUCAAAGCCCCCCCCGGUCUCCGGACUUGCAGACUCACUUUAUUGCUUAUGAAAUGUGCAUUGAUAAAAAAAAUAGAAAAUUAGCUAUUGUCAAAUUUGGGUUACGUACAGUGUUAUUCAUCUUAUUGUUUUUACAGGUGGUGGAUCUUAAUAAAAUUCAAUCUGAUCUCGAAGAACUUGGUGGAAUUAUGUUUGGGCCCUCAUCACCAGUACGAAAUUUCUUCCAAGUAAAAAUUUCACCUGCUAUGACGCGUCAACGCAGAGUUUCUCAACGAAUCAGAGUGGAAAACCAGUCACCUCCGACUCCACGGGGACCUCGUACAGGAUCGUUCAUGGAUGCCGAAGCAACGUACGAAUCAAGGGAUAGUCAGGGAACUGAGGAUGAUACUAGGGAGCGGAAAAAGAAGACGUCACUUGGUGAUCUUAUUCCGCGAGUUUCCGUUUUUAAAGGGAAAAGUGGGAAAAAGUCAAAAGGGAAGAUUAGGUUUGCUGAUGAUGGUGAUGAUGACGGUGGUGGUGAUGAUGAUAAUAAUGAUGAUGGUGAUGUUAAGCAAGGUGUGUACAGUGUGUGGAAUUUUUAAGCUCUAAUCAAAUCAUCCAACGUUGGUGAGGGGUAUUAAAAGACCAUAGAUAUCUUGCUCAAGACCUACUGAAAAUGCUCAUGUUUUGUGUUUGGCUUUCAGAAACAAAAACGAUCGUUGUUCGUGACUCGUUCUUUAGAAAGACGAUUUCUAUAGUUUUAUUGUCUUUCAUUGUUAUAAUCAACCAACCACGAGCCUGGAUAGUAUAGGUAGGUGAUGACCCUGGGUGAAAGUUGACGAGAGUUGGCAAGUGAGAGUUUGCAUGAGAGUUUUUUCAAUGCCUCGGUUAAACGAGAACAAGAGUUGCAUGAGUAUAGACGAGAAUUGACCGGAUAUUACCGCGCGCAUAAUUCUUUUUUUUUUCAAUGCAGAAUCAGACCAAGAAGAAGAAACGGUGGACAACGAUGAUACCUUGGCAAGAAACAGUCAUGGCCAGUCAUCCAUGCUCAGCCCGCCUAGACAGGGGCAGCAUUCAGCUCGAUCCAGUCCGCGUGCGCCUAGACAUGGCUCGAAUAAGCCGAGCCCACGAUCACCAAGGUAUCCACAUGGUUCGGAUAGACCUAGCCCACGGUCACCAAGGCAUCCACAUGGUUCGCCGAGCUCACGAUCACCAAGGCAUCCACGUGGCUCGAAUAGGCCGAACUCACGGUCACCAAGGCGUCCACGUGGCUCGAAUAGAUCGAGUCCACAGCCAUCUCGAGAGGGUCAACACUCUUCGGAACUGGUACCGUAUUACGACAAUCAAGGAUGGGACAAUGAUGGGUUUAAUAGGGAUAAUCAGGAUGAUCUAGAGAACUAUGAUCGUUGGGAGAGGAUCAGUGCGGAUAGCAUUUCGUUAUAG